AUGCCUCAUUCCUACAAUGCACUCUUCGAGUCAAGCAUGACGACCACUGCCUCUAUGCUACCUUCUCGCUCUAAUGCAACACACAUCAUUGUGCCCAAGGCGAGCUGCCAGACCGCCUCCCGGUGCCCUGUUGACCUGGUCAAAUCCAAACACAUGGAGAUCGUUCUUGACUUUAAAUGGCUGGAUCAUAAAUGUGUCGAGUCAUUCUUGAGUAUUGUCAGCCAGCCAGAAAAAUUUCACGGAUUUCUUAUUGAUGAGAAGAACCUGAGAGAACAGCGACUGGCCGACUGGAUUAUCUCCAGUCCCGAAGAGGAGAACGUGGUGGGGUUAGAGGAGCCUCCUCCGUACACAAACGCGAAACACAAGCGGUCUCGAGGGGCGCAUUCCCACUCCUAUGCUGAGAACUCGUAUCCCCCUAACCGUAAAACUGACGUAAAUGACCCUUCUACGUUAAAGAACAACGUCCGCUGCGUAGUGCUCAAUCGCUUCCCCGCGAUGGUUGCCUCCUUUAUCGACCGCUUCCGCUCGGCCUCUCCAUCCUCAUCGUCCUCUAUCUAUCCAACCCCCCCCCCCCCCAAACAGCAGCACCUUCACUCAAAUCCAUCUGCCAACUCCGUUUGCCCCUUACAAAACGUGCCGUCAAACAUGCUGAAAAGAAACUCACCGCCAUUUCCAACGACAUAUAGUAUCAUGCAAAUUCCCUCCGUCUGGCAGCCGACAAGGAAUUCUUCGAAGCCGUGA